GUUAGCUGCAGCCGUUAGCGCGGGGCAGCGGCAGACAGGUCAGUGCUGUGACGGUAGCCAAGAUGGCGACCCUCGACAGUAAAGCUCCGUUAAGGACAGUGAAAAGAGUGCAAUUCGGAAUAUUAAGUCCAGAUGAAAUUCGUCGUAUGUCAGUUACUGAUGGAGGGCUUAAGUUCCCUGAGACAAUGGAAGCAGGUCGCCCAAAGUUGGGUGGCCUCAUGGAUCCCAGACAGGGAGUCAUCGAUAGAAAUUCUCGGUGUCUCACUUGUGCAGGCAACAUGACUGAAUGUCCAGGACAUUUUGGGCAUAUUGAUCUAAGCAAACCUGUAUUCCAUGUUGGCUUUGUUACAAAAACUAUAAAAAUAUUAAGAUGCGUCUGUUUCUACUGCAGUAAACUUCUUGUCAGUCCUAAUAAUCCAAAAAUUAAGGAGGUUGUUAUAAAAUCAAAGGGUCAACCACGUAAAAGGUUGGCAUUUGUGUAUGAUUUAUGCAAGGGAAAAAAUAUAUGUGAGGGUGGUGAUGAGAUGGACGUAGGUAAAGAAGGGGAAGAUCCCAAUCAAACUGGAAAAAAGCAAGGACAUGGUGGUUGUGGUCGCUACCAACCAAAUAUCAAGAGAGCUGGUCUUGAUCUAACAGCAGAAUGGAAGCAUAUAAAUGAAGAUUCGCAAGAGAAGAAAAUUGCUUUGUCAGCUGAAAGGGUUUGGGAAAUUCUAAAACACAUUACAGAUGAAGAGUGUUUCAUCCUUGGUAUGGAUCCUAAAUUUGCAAGACCUGAUUGGAUGAUUGUAACCAGCCUGCCUGUUCCACCCUUAGCAGUUAGACCCGCUGUAGUCAUGCACGGAUCAGCUAGAAAUCAAGACGAUUUAACACAUAAAUUGGCUGAUAUCAUUAAAGCAAACAAUGAGUUGCAACGAAAUGAAGCUGCUGGUGCAGCCGCCCACGUGCUUUCAGAAAAUAUUAAAAUGCUGCAAUUUCACGUUGCCACAUUAGUUGAUAACGACAUGCCCGGUAUGCCAAGGGCUAUGCAGAAAUCUGGCAAACCGUUGAAAGCAAUAAAAGCCCGUCUAAAGGGAAAAGAAGGACGUAUUCGUGGAAACCUUAUGGGAAAGCGUGUGGAUUUCUCCGCACGUACUGUAAUCACACCAGAUCCAAAUCUUCGAAUCGAUCAAGUAGGCGUCCCUAGAAGUAUUGCUCAGAAUCUUACGUUCCCUGAAAUUGUUACUCCUUUCAACUUUGAUAAAAUGUUGGAAUUAGUUCAAAGAGGAAACUCGCAAUAUCCAGGUGCUAAAUAUAUUGUGCGAGACAACGGCGAGAGGAUAGAUUUACGAUUCCAUCCGAAAUCUUCCGAUCUUCAUUUGCAGUGCGGUUACAAAGUGGAACGUCAUAUCCGCGACGGGGAUUUGGUUAUUUUCAAUCGUCAACCUACACUCCAUAAAAUGAGUAUGAUGGGUCAUAGGGUUAAAGUAUUACCGUGGUCCACUUUCCGGAUGAAUCUCAGCUGCACCUCACCCUACAAUGCCGAUUUUGAUGGGGAUGAAAUGAAUUUGCACGUACCUCAAAGCAUGGAGACUCGUGCCGAAGUUGAAAAUUUGCAUAUAACGCCGAGACAAAUUAUCACACCGCAGGCAAACAAACCCGUCAUGGGUAUUGUACAGGACACCUUAACAGCUGUCCGUAAGAUGACGAAGAGAGAUGUGUUUAUUACGCAUGAACAAAUUAUGAAUUUACUUAUGUUUUUACCAAUUUGGGAUGGAAAAAUGCCCAGGCCUGCAAUAUUGAAACCCAAACCACUAUGGACAGGAAAACAGAUCUUUUCUCUAAUUAUUCCCGGAAAUGUAAAUAUGAUCCGCACGCAUUCUACACAUCCUGACGAGGAAGAUGAUGGACCAUAUAAAUGGAUUUCACCUGGAGAUACGAAAGUAAUGGUAGAGCAUGGAGAAUUAGUCAUGGGAAUUUUAUGUAAAAAAACUCUGGGUACCUCUGCCGGUUCUUUGCUCCAUAUCUGUAUGUUGGAGUUGGGACACGAAGUUUGUGGUCGGUUUUAUGGUAACAUCCAAACUGUAAUUAACAACUGGCUACUUCUGGAAGGACACAGUAUCGGUAUUGGAGACACUAUUGCUGAUCCUCAAACCUAUUUGGAAAUUCAGAAAGCUAUUAAGAAAGCAAAAGAAGAUGUAAUAGAGGUUAUUCAAAAAGCUCACAACAUGGAACUCGAGCCAACGCCCGGUAACACAUUGAGGCAGACUUUCGAAAAUCAAGUGAACAGAAUCUUGAACGAUGCUCGUGAUAAAACUGGCGGUUCUGCUAAGAAGUCCCUUACCGAAUACAACAAUUUAAAAGCUAUGGUGGUAUCUGGUGCUAAAGGCUCCAACAUUAAUAUUUCCCAAGUUAUUGCUUGCGUGGGUCAACAAAACGUAGAAGGUAAACGUAUUCCAUUUGGCUUCAGAAAAAGGACACUGCCCCACUUUAUCAAAGAUGAUUAUGGUCCCGAGUCAAGAGGGUUCGUAGAAAAUUCAUACCUUGCCGGUUUAACACCAUCUGAAUUCUACUUCCACGCUAUGGGUGGUCGUGAAGGUCUCAUUGAUACAGCCGUAAAAACUGCAGAAACUGGCUAUAUUCAACGUCGUUUGAUUAAGGCUAUGGAAUCCGUAAUGGUACAUUAUGAUGGAACUGUGCGAAAUUCAGUAGGUCAACUGAUUCAAUUGCGUUAUGGCGAAGAUGGUUUAUGCGGUGAAAUGGUGGAAUUCCAAACGUUACCCACAAUUAAACUAAGUAACAAAGCAUUCGAAAGGAAAUUUAGAUUUGACGCAAGUAACGAACGUUACUUAAGACGUGUUUUUAACGAAGAUGUAAUCAAGCAAAUGAUGGGCUCCGGCGAUGUUAUCUCCGAAUUGGAAAGAGAAUGGGAUCAGCUUCAAAAGGACAGAGAAGCUCUUCGGCAAAUUUUCCCCAGCGGUGAUCCGAAAGUAGUAUUGCCUUGCAAUCUACAGCGUAUGAUUUGGAACGUGCAGAAAAUUUUCCAUAUCAACAAACGUGCUCCUACUGAUUUAUCACCUAUAAGAGUGAUCCAAGGUGUUCGCGAAUUGUUGCAACGUUGUAUAAUUGUAGCGGGCACCGAUAGGUUAUCAGUUCAAGCUAACGAAAACGCCACACUGCUCUUCCAAUGCUUGGUAAGAUCUACUCUCUGUACGAAAUGCGUAUCAGAAGAAUUCAGGCUCAGCACGGAAGCUUUCGAGUGGCUUAUUGGUGAAAUUGAAACGAGAUUCCAACAAGCGCAAGCUAACCCAGGUGAAAUGGUUGGAGCAUUAGCUGCACAAUCUCUUGGAGAACCUGCCACUCAGAUGACACUGAACACUUUCCAUUUUGCUGGUGUAUCAUCGAAAAACGUAACCCUUGGUGUACCCCGUUUGAAAGAAAUUAUUAAUAUAUCUAAGAAGCCAAAAGCUCCGUCUCUAACAGUGUUCUUAACUGGAGCAGCAGCGAGAGAUGCGGAAAAGGCUAAGAACGUAUUGUGCCGUUUGGAACAUACGACACUUAGGAAAGUAACAGCAAACACUGCUAUUUACUAUGAUCCUGAUCCACAAAACACCGUUAUUCCGGAGGAUCAAGAAUUUGUGAAUGUUUACUACGAAAUGCCUGACUUUGAUCCAACUCGCAUUUCUCCUUGGCUGCUGCGUAUCGAACUGGACAGAAAACGUAUGACAGACAAAAAAUUAACAAUGGAACAGAUUGCCGAAAAAAUCAACGCCGGAUUCGGAGAUGACUUGAAUUGCAUCUUCAAUGAUGACAAUGCAGAAAAAUUGGUGUUGCGUAUUCGAAUCAUGAAUAGCGACGAUGGGAAAUUCGGUGACUCCGCUGAUGAGGAUGUGGAUAAAAUGGACGACGACAUGUUCUUGCGCUGCAUUGAAGCUAAUAUGUUGUCAGAUAUGACAUUGCAGGGCAUUGAAGCUAUUGCCAAAGUGUACAUGCACUUGCCACAAACGGACAGCAAAAAGAGAAUUGUCAUUACAGAAACUGGAGAGUUUAAAGCUAUUGCUGAAUGGUUGUUGGAAACUGAUGGCACAAGUAUGAUGAAAGUAUUAUCCGAGAGGGACGUCGAUCCUGUGAGAACAUUCUCAAACGACAUCUGUGAGAUUUUUGCUGUAUUGGGUAUAGAAGCUGUGCGUAAGUCGGUUGAGAAGGAAAUGAAUGCCGUACUUCAGUUCUAUGGUCUUUACGUAAACUACCGUCAUCUCGCUUUGCUUUGCGACGUAAUGACUGCAAAGGGUCAUCUUAUGGCCAUCACCCGUCACGGUAUCAAUAGGCAAGAUACUGGUGCACUUAUGAGAUGUUCUUUCGAGGAAACUGUUGAUGUGUUGUUGGACGCCGCUUCACAUGCUGAAGUAGAUCCGAUGAGAGGUGUAUCAGAGAAUAUUAUUAUGGGACAAUUACCCCGUAUGGGCACCGGCUGUUUUGAUUUGCUUUUGGACGCCGACAAGUGCAAGAGUGCAAUUGCGAUUCCGCAAACACAAGGAGCCGACUUGAUGAACAGCGGCAUGUUCUUUGGGUCUGCAGCUACUCCAAGCAUGAGUCCUGGCAGUUCAAUGACACCCUGGAAUCAAGGUGCUACACCGUACAACGCUGGCAGCGUAUGGAAUACACCAAAUAUAUUAGGCAGUGGUAUGACCCCUGGUGGGCCGUCCUUUUCACCAUCCGCUGCUUCCGAUGCAUCGGGAAUGUCACCUGGAUAUUCGUGGGCACAAUCUCCUGGUAUGUCACCAUUUGGUGCAUCUCCGAGGGCCGCAUCACCAUCUUACAGCCCUGCAUCACCUUCGUAUCAGCCGAACUCGCCUUGUAUGACACCGGGAUCAUCGGGAUAUUCGCCGAGCUCUCCUGGAUACUCUCCAACAUCGCCCAAUUACAGUCCAACAUCCCCGAAUUACUCACCAACGAGUCCCGGAUACUCUCCGACGUCGCCGAGCUACUCGCCAACUUCUCCGAGCUAUUCUCCAACAAGUCCCGGAUAUUCGCCGACUUCUCCAAAUUAUUCACCAACAUCUCCCAGUUACUCGCCGACAUCCCCGGGUUAUUCGCCAACUUCUCCAAGUUACUCGCCGACGUCGUCCAGUUACUCCCCAACAUCGCCUAAUUACUCACCCACAUCUCCAAAUUAUUCUCCGACGUCUCCUGGUUAUUCGCCGACUUCACCUACGUAUUCACCAUCUAGUCCCAACUAUUCUCCGACUUCUCCGGGCUACUCGCCCAGUUCUCCCUCUUACUCUCCAUCGUCCCCCAGGUACGCUGCACAUUCUCCAGCUUAUUCUCCUAAUUCACCAUCUUAUUCCCCAUCCUCUCCACAAUAUUCACCAGCCUCUCCGUCGUACUCACCUUCCUCACCGAAGUAUUCACCUACCUCUCCAAACUACUCUCCGACCAGUCCCAGUUUUGCAGGCGGCAGUCCCCAAUAUUCACCAACUUCGCCCAGCUAUUCACCGACAUCGCCAAAUUAUUCACCCUCUUCUCCUCAACACACACCCGCCGCAAGUUCACGUUACUCUCCUUCGUCGCCGAACUACUCGCCGACCAGUCCGAACUAUUCACCAACUUCCCCGCAAUAUUCCCCCCACAGUACAAAGUAUUCUCCCACUUCACCAACAUACACGCCGACAAGUCCAAGCUAUUCUCCUGCGAGUCCAGUUUUCUCCCCGCAGCCACCUAGGUACUCGCCAUCUUCACCAGGCUAUUCUCCUACUAGUCCGAAUCCCGAUCAGGAUUAAAUGGAUAGAUAAUCGUGUUUUUUUUUUAAUUAUAUUCGUUAAGUUGGGUAUUAUUUAAAUAUGUAACGAUCGAGAAUGUUAGCGAUCUUCAUUUUCAACUUGUUUUCUUUUUCUUUUCUUUUUUUCUACUUUUCAAUUAGCAAAAGACUGAAGUUUUGCAUUUGUUUCUAAUAAGUGUAUGUCUUUUUCAUGAUUCGUUGGUUUUCCUUUUAAAAUGUGACUAGAAUGAAAAACAAACAAAAGCAUGUAAUGUUUCCCAUGUAUAUAGAUUAUAUUU